CCGGAGCUCCAGUUCAGAUCUCAAAGACAGGCAGGAUUCCUGGUAUCUUGCAUGGGAGACUUGGUGUUGUUGAUGUCGCCUGACAAGAUGCUCUUUUAGGCCAGCGGACACAUCAAGUCCAACCAAGUCUGCACCGUCAUGCCGCUGUCACUAAAGUGAAAUACCGCGUUACUCAUGGUCUGUGUGAUGUUGCGAUGCAUCAGCUGUCUUACACCCAACAUGGUGAGGCUCGGGCACCUACAGCUCAGAUCUCGAUGUCUAUGGGGAAGCUUUGUCGUGGAACUUUCCAAACCGUUCGCUUAUCGAGAAAAAGUCCUUGGCUUAUUGUUUUGCUUGUUUUACAAGCCAAAUCCUCGUGGCUAGGUCCUUUCAUGAUGUAAUUUGGCGUCAUGUUUAGUCUUAGAGGCGUUAGUGAAGAAACACCACCAUGAUGUCAUGGAGCCUAUGCUCUGUAUAUAUCAAAGAGCUCAAGAGCCUUUUGGCACCUGUAUCAAUCAUAUUCUGCAUAAUAAUCAAUCAAGUCAAAGUAAACGAAUUCAUCUUUCCCUCAACACCUCACACAUCAUGUCUACCAAGAACCCCAGCCACGGUCAAAAGGUCGAUCUCGGCCAGAACGCUCCCGUAAAGGAGGAGGGUGCUGGUACAGUCCCCAAUGAGUCUCUCGCCGCUGAGUCCUUGAAGGAGGGCGGCGAGUUCGCCUCCAACGAGGGCAUCCACGGCGAGAACCAACCCACCUCCAGAUCCGAGAACGCCAGCGCUGGCCAUAACACCAACACCUCUUCCGCUCCCAGCUCCGGGUCUGACUCCAAAUCCUCCAGCUCUGCUCCCAAGUCUUCCGGAACUGCCUCAAAGUCCGGCGACUCUGCUCCCAAGUCUCUGGCCGGCACCGCUCCCAGCUAUGUUGAGAAUCAGUAUAUCAAAGAAUCUGGUCCUCACGGCAAGAACUUGAAGGAGGGCAUUGACUAUUCCAACACCAAGGAUGGCCUCAAGAAGGCGUUGGAGUCUGAGCCUGGUAGCCAGGAUGACCCUAGCCGACUUGCUGAGCAACAGUUCCAACAGAACCAGACUGCCGCUGGCCGGGAUGCUGGUCCUAAGCAGAGUGAGCUUGAGGGCAAGACUGCUUUCGAUGCUCUUAACAACGAGGCUUCCUCGUAAUAUGGGAAAUCACAAUAUCUGUACUAUAGCGGCUGUUCAAUGAUGAAAUGACUUCAUGAAACUAAGACUGCCCCAUGUCUGUGAUACAGUUUAGCUAAUGAUCAAAAGACGUCCAUGUACAUGACUUAUGAACAGGAACUUAUUCUAUGAGACCUCGCUAUGAUUGGAAGGGUAUCAUGUCGAGGAUAUCUAACAAACUUCGCGUAUUGGAUGAAGUCGCUUGGCUAUCAGGCUAUUUCCCUCUAUAUGGUAUCAAAACUGAGCGGCAUUACAUCAAACGAGGCGAGCAUCAGCUUCAGUUCAUCAUGAUCAGUUACAACUUCGACUGCAGACAGUGUAAAUGCCUGAUACACGAGCACAAGGAUUGAGCCAACGGCUAUUUCCAGGCGCAACAGGCGG